AUCUUCUUCGAUUAGGUGUACUCGCAGUUCGUUUCGACGUAUGUUCUGUGCAAAUUUCGUCAGUUAUUGGCACAAAUUAUUCUUACGUUAUCAUGUGUAACUUAUUAAUGUCCGUGACAUUAAUGGAUAUUUUUAAGAAAUAUAUGAACAAAAUCUGUUAAUUCGAGUUGAAUGCUGCAGUGAGGGUUUAUUUUGGAGUGAUGGUUCGACUGACCGGUUUGUAACCUGUAGUUUGUUUAUUAUUUAUUGUAAAAAAAGAUACAAUGCAGAAUCUGCCAAAAUACCCGGCGAGUCGGAACUUAUUCCUGUGUCGGGGAUUAUUGCGGGGAAUAAUAAAACGUGACAUAAGAGAGGAGAGGAUAUUUAAACUUUGGAGUCGUCCUGAUAAUUCUAGAUUUUUCCCUCGCGUAUCCUAUCAUACGUAUAACAGAAUAUGUCGGGAGUACAAAACCCUCCGUAUUUUACUCACCAACAGUGGCUUCCAGUCCUCGAGAAUUCCUCCAGCUCUCUCCAGGUUAUUGAUGACGUCUUCCUCAAGUAACACGAGGAAAACAUCCCCAGGGCCUUCAAAAGGCCCUUCAGAGUCCGGAAAGGACUCGGGGAAUGAAAACGAGCAGAAAACGGCUUUGUUCAAACUUUUGUUACUCUCGCUAUUUGUUUACGGAGUUUUUAUUUAUCCUAUGACUAAACUCGCCGACAGGAUCGAGACAUCGCCCUUCAUCUCCUGGAACGAAUUUGUCCAUCAAAUGCUGGCAAAAGGUGAAGUCCAAGAGCUCAUUGUAAAACCAGAUAUGGAUUGGGUUACGAUUGUUCUUCAUGAUGGAGCAAUAAUAAAUCGUCGUCCAGCGGAGAGUCGAGUUUACCAGAUGAUCGUCGCAGACGCAACUCAUCUCGAGGAGAAGCUGAGAGAGGCUGAAAAAGCCUUGGGAAUAAAAGAAGGUCACGGUGUAUCUAUAGUCUACGAGAGAAGCAGCAAUAACUUGUACAGUCUGGUCCUUAUUUUAGCCGUGAUGGCCUACAUGCUAGCAUUCAUGAGUAAAACUGGAGGAAAAAUGGGAGUGUUCCCGAAGGAUUUCUUUAGUGGAAUGACAAGAGCCAAAUUUACUCUAGUAGAUCCAUUAGUGGGAGGAACCAAAAACGUACGAUUUGCUGAUGUCGCCGGUCUCAAAGAGGCCAAAAUCGAGGUGAUGGAGUUCGUGGAUUACUUGAAGAGGCCGGAAUUCUACAAAACCCUCGGUGCUAAGGUGCCAAAAGGUGCUCUCCUCCUGGGUCCUCCAGGCUGUGGAAAAACGAUGCUAGCUAAGGCUGUGGCAACGGAAGCCAACGUUCCUUUUCUCUCGAUGAAUGGUUCAGAGUUCAUAGAGAUGAUCGGUGGUUUGGGUGCUGCCAGAGUGCGGGAUCUCUUCAAGGAGGCCCGCAAAAGGUCCCCAAGUAUCCUUUAUAUCGAUGAAAUUGACGCAAUUGGAAAGAAACGGUCGGGAUCGGGCUCCUCCAUCGGCGGAACGAAUCGAGAAUCCGAGCAAACGCUUAAUCAACUGCUUGUUGAGAUGGAUGGUAUGGCAACGAAGGAUGGAGUGAUUGUUCUGGCCUCGACGAAUCGUGCUGAAGUUCUCGACAAGGCCCUCCUCCGUCCUGGUAGAUUUGACAGACACAUCCUCAUUGAUCUCCCAACACUUGCCGAGAGGAAGGACAUUUUUGAACGACACCUCAAGAGCAUUGUCCUCGAGAAAAAGCCUGAACAUUAUUCACCAAGACUAGCUCAGCUGACACCAGGCAUGAGUGGAGCAGAUAUUGCUAAUAUCUGUAAUGAAGCCGCUCUUCAUGCUGCCAGGUUCAAAAAGAAAGUUGUCGAUGCUGAUGAUCUCUCGUACGCCAUUGAUCGAGUUCUGUGUGGACCUGAGAAAAAGGAUCACGGGGUGUCACCCACUGAGAAAAAAAUUGUGGCAUACCACGAGUCUGGUCAUGCAUUAGUCGCCUGGUUGUUGAAGGAGACUGAUGCCCUUCUCAAAGUCACCAUCAAACCAAGAACCAGAGGAAUGCUGGGAUUCGCCCAAUACACUCCCACUGAACGAAGAAAUUUCAGCAAGGAGCAGAUCUUUGAAAUGAUGUGCACAGCUCUUGGGGGACGUGCUGCUGAGAAUAUAAUCUUUGAUAGAGUUACUACUGGGGCUCAGAAUGACCUGGAGAAAGUCACGAAAAUGGCCUAUGCCCAGGUGAGACAGUUCGGUAUGGGUGAGGAGGUGGGGCUUGUAUCGUUCAGUGAAGAGGAGACUGGGAAUGAUACGAAGAAACCGUACAGCAAGAAAAUGGGGAACUUGAUGGAUGCUGAGGCGCGACUCAUUGUGGCUAGAGCCUACAAACAGACUGAGCAGUUACUGAAGGAUAAUCUCGAUAAACUUGAAGUGAUGGCACAAGCUCUUCUCAAACAGGAAACCCUUACGUACGAACAAGUGGAAGCUCUUAUAGGUCCACCUCCCUUCGGUAAGAAGAAAAGAGUCGAGUUCAUCGAUAUCGACGUACCCCCA